AUGUGCCCAAUACAGCACAACAUAACACGCACACUGCACGCCCUGGAACGCUUUAGGGAAGGCAUGCUGAUCCUGGCGGGGGAUCUCAACCUGGCCCUGGACCCGCGUCUGGACACCUCCCUGGGAACUAGCUCCCUACCGGCUUCCUACCAACGCAAGGCCCUCAUGGCCCUCAAGAACUCGGGGUUGGCAGACUCAUGGCGAGUGGCCCACCCACUAGGGAGGGACUACUCCUACUACUCUACGGUCCACAACCGCUACAGUCGGUUGGACUAUAUCGUCCUCCCCAUUGAAUAUCUUUCGCUCUUGCAAUCCAGUGGGAUCCACGCAGCAACUUGGUCGGACCACGCACCGGUCUGGACUAAGAUUGCCUCCCCGCU